AACCCAGAAAAAUGGGGAUCUCUACAGUCAUCCUUGAAAUAUGUCUUUUAUUGGGUCAAGUUCUAUCUACAGCAACAUCAAGAGUGAGUGACACCAGAGAAACUGCUUUUUGGGAGACACAGACACUCAGCUCCGUUUCUGAAUCAGAUCUUCCCAGAACAAGUGAUCCGUGGGUUCUCCACACCACAGAUAAUGCUUUGUUUGUCAUGGAGGAACCCUCAACAGCAAGUGCAGCAGAAGCUGCCAGGCCCCAGUCCACGCUCCUGCCAACCUCCCGGCAGGCCGUAUCCUCACGUGCUCCGUCACGCAUAGGGACUGAAUCAGGAUUGGCCCUGAGGCUGGUGAAUGGAGGUGACAGGUGUCAGGGCCGGGUCGAGGUCCUGUACCGAGGCUCCUGGGGCACCGUGUGUGACGACGGCUGGGACACCAACGACGCCGACGUGGUCUGCAGGCAGCUGGGCUGUGGCUGGGCCACGUCGGCCCCUGGAAGUGCCCGGUACGGUCAGGGCUCAGGGUCGAUCGUCCUGGACGAUGUGGGCUGCUCGGGGCAUGAGAGCUACCUGUGGAGCUGCCCUCACAGUGGCUGGAACACACACAACUGUGGACACAGCGAGGACGCCGGUGUCGUCUGCUCAGGCCCAGAAAUCUACUCUACUACCACAGAUCCUGUUUACACCCCCACCCGCCCAGCCACAAAUUAUUCCUGUGGAGGCUUCCUGUCCCAACCUUCAGGGAGCUUUUUCAGCCCAUUCUACCCUGGGAAGUAUCCGAACAAUGCCAAGUGUGUGUGGGACAUCGAAGUUCAAAACAACUACCGUGUGACUCUGGUCUUCAGAGACGUCCAGCUUGAAGGCGGCUGUAACUAUGAUUAUAUUGAAGUGUUUGACGGCCCUUACCACAGCUCCCCUCUGCUCACCCGGGUUUGUGAUGGGGCAAGGGGCUCCUUCACCUCGUCAUCCAACUUCAUGUCCAUUCGCUUCAUCAGCGAUGGCAGCAUCAAGAUGAGAGGGUUCCAGGCUGAAUACUACUCCAGCCUGUCCCCUGGGAGCACAAAGCUGCUUUGCCUGCAGAAUCACAUGCGCGCCAGUGUGAGCGUGGGCUACCUCCAGUCCCUGGGUUACUCUGCCAAGGACCUUGUCAUUCCCGGCUGGAACAGGAGCUACCGGUGUCGGCCCCAGAUUACUUCGAGCCAGGUGACCUUCACAGUUCCCUACUCUGGCUGUGGCACCAUCGAGCAGGUGGAUAAUGAUACCAUCACCUACUCCAACUCCCUCAAAGCAGCUGUUUCGAGUGGCAUCAUCAAGAGGAGGAAGGACCUCCACAUUUACGUCAGCUGCAAAAUGCUCCAGAACACCUGGGUUAACACGAUGUACAUUGCUAAUGACACCCUCGAGGUCAAGAACAUACAAUACAGCAAUUUUGACGUGAACAUUUCCUUUUAUACAUCCUCUUCAUUCUUAUAUCCCGUGACCAGCAGCCCAUACUAUGUGGACCUGAACCAGGAUUUGUACCUUCAGGCUGAAAUCCUCCAUUCUAACGCCUCCCUGGCCUUAUUUGUGGACACCUGUGUGGCGUCACCAUCUCCCGAUGACUUUACAUCUUUGACUUAUGAUCUCAUCCGGAGUGGGUGUGUGAAGGAUGAAACCUACCGAUCCUACCACCAGCCCUCACCCAACGUCCUCCGCUUCAAGUUCAAUUCCUUCCACUUCCUGAGCCGCUUCCCCUCCGUGUACCUGAAGUGCAAGAUGGUCGUGUGCAGGGCGUACGAUGCCUCGUCCCGCUGCAGUAGAGGCUGCAUCGUGAGGGCCAAGAGGGGUGUGGGCUCCUACCAGGAGAAGGUGGAUGUCGCCCUGGGACCCAUCCAGCUGCAGGUCCCGCAUGCUGAGAAGAGGAGCCUGGACCAGCCAGAGGUUAACCUGGAAGAGGAGGCCAGCGCCCAGGGGAGCUACCACAGCACCACCAUCCUUGCUGGGGUCUUCCUGGCCGUGCUCUUGGCUGUAGCAGCCUUCACAUUGGGGAGGAGCACCCGUGCUGCCCAUGGCCAGCGUCUGAGCUCUAGGAUGUGAAGCAGGUGAUAAUGCGCAGUGCUCAGACACAGGCCCCCAUGCUCUGGAGCCCGUGAGAGGAGGGAAGAAACCAGUGUCCAGAGCUUGGCACACAGAGCACCCAACUCUGGCCCAGGUGCACAGUGGUGGGUGGUGGAAGAGGGGGUGAGAAAGAUGGGAGCAGGUUUUCCCAGAAACGCAGACUUGGUGCUGGGACAAAAUGUCAGGCAAGCAGGUGCUGGAACCUAAAAUCCCACGUGAGGCAGUGAGCCACACACUAGAAGCAGCAGCGCUUGUUCUAGAUAGAAUUUCUUUUCUGACUUUGUAUGAACCAGCUUCUUUGGCCUGUGGUGUAUAUCUUAGCCUUUUCUUAUUAUAGGACAAGCCAAAUAAAGAACUUUUUCAAAGCAA